AUGUCAGUUUUCAUUUCAUCAAUCACAUUGACAAAGAAAAUUAUCACAAGGAGGAGAAGCAAAUGGGUGGUGGCACUCAUGUUAGUGCUCACAAUAACAUACCCUUCUGCCACUCUCACCCUCUCUACUUCUAGCUCAAAAGACACACCCCAAAAGCACGCACCCAUGGCAAACCAACACCCUCAAGGAUGUGGGCCAAGUGCGGGUCAGAGCCCCGAUGGUGCGGCGGGUUUGGAUUUGGGUGGGGCAGCUCAUCUUCAACUGGGGGUGGAAGCUCUUGGGCUAGUGGAAGUGGUUUUGGAUAUGGAGGUGGUGGGUUUGGCAAUUCACAUGGUUCCAAUGGCUAUGGAGGCAAUAGCAAUUACAACUACAAUCAGGCUGUGCAUGGACCUCUCGGAGGUCACUAGCUAG